AGUGAUCGUCAGUGGUAGUCCUGCCUUCGGCCUAAUUACUUCACCUCAUGCCAUUGACAAUAAUAACAAACUCGUUGGCAAUUCUGCAGAGGUAACUGUUACAUCAUGUUUGUAGGACGUACAUCCAAUAGAACUUUUGAUGCCCUGCCAAAGGAAAUGAAGGACGUACCUAAAUAUAAUCCAGACAUGAAUAAAUUUGAAGAAAACGACAUAGAGAAACACUACGCAGAACAAAAGGCAGUUGAGAAAAACGAAAUUCGGAAACGCAACGCUAAAAAAAAUAACUCAGGUGAAAGGAGGGAUGCAAGCUCAGGGAUGUCAUUGGAUCUCAACUCUAGAAGAGCUUUGUAGUUUCCCUCAUUUUCUUCAUGUCCACGCACUGCAAGCCCCUGUCCUGAUAAUUAAACCAAUGAUGAGAACAUAGCCUGUGAUGAUUUUUGAAAACCGCCGUUACGUGUGCUUCGUUAGUCACAUGUAAUUUGAUCUUCGCUUCUGCCUUCUUCCAGUUCCUGUGUUCUUUUCUAACGAAAGCAGGUUUGAUUUUUGCAGAUGGUGACAACAACCCAGAUAAUAAUUCGUGUGCGCAUAUUACGCGCACGUCAACGUGCGCCUGACAUGCAUGCCAAAAUUCACCAUGUUCGCACACAUUUUGUGAUUGUAACUGAAGUGCAUGCACAAGUGUGACACAAUGCGAGCAUGUUUACAAUCACCCUGUGACGAAAUUUUGCGGCGCGUAUAUGCGCGCAACAUGAAUACACAGUGGAGGCACAAAAUGUUUAAUUUAUAAAUUAACCAAACUUAUUAUUCACUGCUUCUAAAAGCUAUAAAUUGCCUUUUCAAUAAGGGUGCCGUCAUGUAGGUGUAGCGCAACAGAAUCACAAAGCUGAAUAUCAUAGAUGUGAAAGAGAUAGAGAAUCUAUAUUUUUUGUAAUCCCGAGGGUGAAAGAGAUAAAUAGAUCUGCCCGUCUCUUUCACUUUCGCUUUACGCCGGCAUUUUCUGUGUACAUAAGACUCUGCGUAACUAGCCGGCUAGCUGCCGGCUAGCCCAGUGCCUUUUGCAACAUUGCAACGCGUCGGUGUGUGCCGGUUCUAGUUUUGUGAGAAUCACGAAGUACUACAAGGAGACCGCAUGUCAUGUAUUUCGACUGGUGCCAGUUCGCGAUCGCCUGUCCUCAGAGUUCCAUGACAUCCCAGAUUAGAACUUCCCUUCAGUGAAAAUAUAAAAUUAGAAAUUGUCGUCUGCUAUGGAGUAUCGAGUGUGUUUAUAGGUUAAGUUUGUUUGUGUCAAGUGUCAGUUGGUAUCGCGGACGCAGUAAUAAUUCUUUUAUAAUUUAUACAGUUAUAUUAGUAAUGCCAUUAAAACAAGAGGAGGAAUAUAAAAACAAUAGAACGCAAGUAUAGAUAUUGAGGAUUUUCCGUCUAAUACCUCUCUUUUUCUGUGCCCUACUACCUAAAUCACUGAAACUUUGCACAACAUUUUUUUUCCUCUAAACCCAAACAGUUUGCAAUUGCACAAUGGCAAUAAUAGGUUAUAUUUAUACAGGUAACAAAUUUAUAUCACAUGUUCUAGUAGUUUUUAGAGUUUCCGCACGUAGCGCUAUCAUCUGGGAAGACAUGAAAAUUUGAGGAGAGUCGAUCGCGAUUGGGGCCUUUUUUCCCAGCAUCUCAGAUAUAGGCGUUCUAUUUCGUUAAUAAAUUCCGAUACCUUUAA